AAGCUAUAUAUGUAUAUAUAUUAUGAUUGUUUUUCCCUUUUUGUUCCCCAGUUAAUUAAAGAACCGUUGGGAAGCUCCAAAGCUUUUUGUCCGCAGAAUUUGAGAAAUCAAAAUAAUAAACAGCAUUAGUGUUUCUUCUAUAAAUUUUCUUCUUGUGGUUUUGUUUAUUUUUUAUAUUCUUAUGAAAUAAAAAAGUUGCCAUACUUUCUUCUAUCCAAGUCCAAGCUCUCUGCAAAUAUGGCAAUCCCCUCCCCCUUAGAGACUUUCCCUUUCAUUUCUCAAUUUUUGAAAAAACUAGCCGUUUCUCUUUUCCGACUGCAAUUCCCUAACCCUUUCGAAUUCCCUUAUAUAUUCUUAACUAUAAUCUUCACUAGAUUUAUUUCCCGAGAACUGAGAUUCGGAAAAUCUUUGUUGGGUUUCAAUAGAUUUUAAGCCAUGAGUUCUGGUCGUUGUGCUGCUUGUAGAUAUUUGAGGAGAAGAUGCACCCAAGAUUGCAUUCUCUCACCUUAUUUUCCCUCUAAUAAUCCCCAAAGAUUUGCUUCUGUUCAUAGAAUCUAUGGUGCAAGUAAUGUCACAAAACUACUUCAGCGACUUCCAACCCAUUUGCGAUCUGAAGCAGCGGAUUCCUUAUAUUUCGAGGCACAAUGUCGGCUUGAAGACCCUGUCUAUGGCUGCGUUGGCCUCAUAUUUCUGUUGCAGCAACAGAUACAUAGUGCAGAGAGUCAGCUAAUUAAGACUCAAGCCGAGAUUGCAGUUAUGAAAUCCCAGACCCAACACCCCCAAACUCAACCAUUCCGAGCAAUAUCCGGUUCCAACAAUUUGUUGCUACAACAGUCGGACAAUGAUGCCAACCUCAUUUUCUCCAACCAAGUUUCUUCUGGGUUUAUUUAAGAUUAAGAUUCCGUGUGUUCAAAUGUGGUGAAUAACACGAAACAAGCUCUAGUCAUCAUGCAGUGAAAGUGAUUUAUAUUAUAUGAAACUUAUGUUUUUAGGUUUUAUUAUAUGAUAGUGAUACCGUAUUCCUUGUUUUC